UUAAACUUGUUCACUACAUUCUUCCUAAAAGGGGGGCAUCGUUCUCCUCACUGUGCUUUCUGCAUCCAAAGAACGUCACACACAUGCACAGGCAAGUUACACCUUAAACAGAAUGUUAAUUCAGUACGUUACAAUAUGUUUGUGUUCAGUUAAUAUUCUAUUUUCUAUUCGGUUGGUGAAAGACGAGAUCAAUGAUCAACGGAAGUCUACUGCAAGUCUGCAAACGUAAGAGGGUGUUUUUUUUUUUCAAGUAGCACCUGGAUGCAGUCCCACGCAUGUGCGUUUUAAGUUUUGAGCUGUUAAGGGAUAUGUCUUACGCGUUUGUCUGUUUUUGCUUAUGGCUUUUAGAUGGUGUGUCUGGAGUUUAUUCAGAUGAAACAGUGAUAUCAGUGAUGGAGGGAGAUUCUAUCACUUUAAACACUGAUGUUACUGAACUACAGAAAGAUGAUCAGAUACUGUGGACAUUUAGACUUAACAGUUCAGAGACUCGUAUCGCUGAAAUCCAUAAACAGAUCAUCUAUAUAUAUGAUAAUAAUGAGAGAUUCAGAGACAGACUAAAGAUAGAUGAGCAGACAGGAUCUCUGACCAUCACAAACAUCAACAAAUUACACUCUGGACUUUAUAAACUACAGAUCAUCAGUGGAGUGAUCAAACACAAGUGCUUCAAUCUUGCUGUCUAUGGUCUUCUGACUGUUCCAGUCAUCAGUGAUUUUCCUCAAAGCCCUUCAGUAUCAGAAAGAUCAUCAGAGCAGAAUUGUUCAAUGCUGUGUUCAGUGUUGAAUGUGAGAGAUGUGACUCUCUCCUGGUACAAAGGAAACAGUUUAUUGUCCAGCAUCAGUGUGUCUGAUCUCAGCAUCAGUCUCUCUCUACCUCUGGAGCUUGAGUGUCUGAAUGAUUCUUACAGCUGUGUUGUGGCUUAUUCAUUCAUCAACCGAACAACACAUCUCAGCAGCACUGAUCUCUGUCAGUCAUGUUCAGACUCUGUUCAGUUUCUUAAGUCGAAGUCCACCUCCACUGUGGUUUAUGACAUCACAUCUAGAAGAGCUCAGUAA